UUUGAAGCUUUUUGGUGAUUGUGUGAAUACUGGGAGCACCAGUAAAUUGGAGAUGGUGGUAGCCAUGCCCAGGGAAAAGGAAAUUGAAUCCAGGGUGAUCAGGCAAACUGUGUACAACUAAGUUAGUAUAAUGGAGGAGAAAAGUUCCCACUGGUCCCUCUUCCGGCCCCUUGCCCGCAUCGGGCGCCUCCCCUGGUUGAAAAGAGCCCGGGAAAUUCUCACGUCGUUGGCGCCGGACGCGGGUGGCGGCGGGAGCGGAAGCGGCAGCGGGGCCGGCGCAUGUGCGGGAGAGCAGCCAGGUGCCGAGCCGCUUGGCUUGGCCUCCCCCCCACCGCAACCCCUCCAAGAUAGGGAGUCGGAAACGCGGCCUGAGGGCGGUGUAGCCAUCAUGACCGCCUCCCAGGACCGUAGUACUCUGACCCCACUGCUAGAAACCCUGGAGGAUGCCACCGCCUCUGUGGGCGAGCAGGUGGAUGCCUUCCGGACCCUGGCCAGUGAAUUGACUGGAGAAGAAGGAAAAGAAUUCAUUGUAGAACUCAAGAAACAGAUUCCUCGCCUUUAUAAAGCAUUUAAGACUCACAUUUCUAGUCAAAACUCAGAGCUGACUUGUGCUACUCUACAAGCUAUGGGGUUUUGUUUAUAUAACCCCCAAAUUACUUUGGGAUUAAAAGAAAAAGAAAUGCAAGAUCUGCUUUCACAGUUGACCGAUAUUGCUACAAAGAGUACAGACAAAAACACAUGUACUCGAGUACUUUGGGUAAUGUCUAAACAGACAUUUCCCAGUGAAAUUGUUGGCAAAGCGGCAUCCAGUAUAAUUACCAUGUUAGAAGUAAUAUUUAAUAAGGUGGAUGUGCAUUCUAUGGUGGUUGAGUAUGAAGCACUACAUGUUAUCAUACGACUAAUAGAGCAAGCCCCUAUACAGAUGGAAGAAGAAGCAGUGAGGUGGGCAAAGUUGAUCAUACCUUUAGUGGUGCAUUCAGCACAAAAGGUACAGUUGCGGGCAGCAGCUGUACUAGAGAUGGGAAUGCCAUUGUUGCUCAAGAAGCAGCAAGAAGUAGCAGCUAUUACCGAGCAGCUUAUGACAAGUAAACUGAUUCCAGAACUACAAAAACUAUUCCUAAGUAAAAAUGAGAUAUAUGUGUUGAAAUUAUGGCCUUUAUUUGUUAAACUUCUUGGAAAGACUCUUCAUCGAAGUGGGAGUUUUAUCAAUUCAUUGUUGCAGCUAGAAGAACUUGGAUUUCGUAGUGGAGUACCUGUGACAAAGAAAAUUGCCUUUAUUGCUUGGAAAAGUUUGAUAGAUAAUUUUGCAUUAAAUCCAGAUAUAUUGUGCAGCACAAAGCGACUCAAGUUGCUAAUGAAGCCUUUGAGCUAUAUCCAUGUGAGAACAGAAGCUCUAGCACUGACAAAACUGGAAGUCUGGUGGUAUCUACUAAUGAGGCUUGGGCCUCAUCUUCCUACAAAUUUUGAACAGGUUUGUGUACCCUUGAUUCAAAACAUAAUAAGCAUAGACUGCCAUACUGCAUCCCAAGGAACUCCAUCCCAUGGAGCAGCUAAUACAGGCUUAAGCCCUGUUAUUCCCAACCAGAAAUCAGGAUCUUUGGGAGCUCCUGUUACACCCAGAGUGCACUUGUCUCUUAAUACCAGUGGAAUGGCAGCCUUCCCAUCCAUUCAGCUUCUGGGAAUUGAAAUGUUACUUCACUUUUUGCUGGGUCCAGAUGUUUUGGAAUUUGCCAAGCAAAACAAACUUGUGCUGAGUUUAGAGCCUCUUCAGCAUCCUUUAAUCGGUAGCCCUUCGUUCUUUUGCAAACACGCAAAUAUACUCAUAACUGCAGUUCAAGACAGCUUCAUUGUUAUUGGAAAAGAUGCUUCAGAUGCUAUGAUAUAUGCCAUAUGGAAAGGUAUCAUUUGCUUUGUGAAGUCAGUUAUUGAAUCAGGUAACAAAAAAGAAAGACAGGGAUCAGAAGUAUUGACCCUUUUGCUACAGUCUUUGAAGAGCAUAGUUAAAGCUGAUGCAUUUCCUGUAUCAAAAGCAUUGGUCCUCACAGAAAUUACAAUUAACGGAUUACCUCAGAAAGUAUUAGUUUCUCCAGCAUAUCAAGUUGCUAACAUGGAUCUUCUUAAUGGAUCUCCAGCUUUGUUCCUAAUUCAGUUAAUUUUUAGUAAUAACCUCUUGAAAUGUGGUGUGGCCUAUGAAAGAUUCUUUCAAAACCUGGAACUACUUGUAGGUUGUGUUCUUACUGGCCCAACUUCUUCAUUAGCUUUCAGUGAUUCUAUUUUAAAUGUUAUUAAUCAAAAUGCAAAGCACCUCAAUAACAAGGAGCAUGUGUGGCGAAUGUGGAUUAUUCUAGUCAACCCAUUAACCGAACUGAUUAACCAGACCAACGAAGUCAAUCAGGGGGAUGCAUUGGAGCACAAUUUCAGUGCUGUCUAUCAUGCAUUGAUGCUACCAAUAAUCCAUAUUUUUCCAGUGCAAGAGUUUCCAUUGCCUAUUAUGAAGUCAUUACUUCGAACUUGGUCAGAAUUAUAUCGAACAUUUGCCCGUUGUGCCUCUUUGGUAGCAACUGCUGAAGAAAAUUUAUGCUGUGAUGAACUUUGUCUCAAGAUGAUGUCUGGCUUAAAUGACAACACCUUUGCAAACUUGUCCUUUUUGGAUAGGAUUGCCCGUGUUGCUGUAGUAAUGGUUGAAUGCAUCAAUUUUUCACCAUACAGUACUAAACAUCAACUCCAAGUGAAAUUACCACAGAUACCUACAGAUUGGUCCAAGAAAAAAAAAGAACCUUUAGGGAAAUUGACUUCUUUAUUUAAAGUUAUCCUGAAGAUGAUGGAUGCUUUCCAUAAUGUCAGCUUCAAGGAACUUCAUUCAGAAACACUCCUCUCUGUUGGUAGUUCAAUUAUCCGCAUUAUUUCUAAUAUUCUUGGCCAUGUGUCUUUGCCUUCAGUAAUACAAACAAUCUUUGCUACUUUAACAAAGCCUCUGGCAUUGUUAUAUGAAAACUCAAAGCUUAGUGAUGUGCCUAAAGUGAAUAAAUGCUUCAACAAGAAGUUAGAAAAGCUUUUGGGAGAGAUUCUCAAAUGUCUUCAGUUUCGCUACAAUGGUACUUAUAACAGUGAGCUUUUACAACAACUCUCGCCAUUACUGUGCAUAAUAUUUCUGCACCAAAAUAAACAGAUCCGCAAACAGAGUGUUCAGUUCUGGAAUGACACAUUUGCUAAAGAAACCCUGCUGGAGUAUCCUGAAGAACUAAAAACUGUAUUGAAACAAGUCAAACAGAAAUGUUUGCUUUUGUUACCUGGUUUUGAGGUUGAACCAAUGGAAGAAUCUAGUGACCCCAAUUCAGAGGGAACAGAAAAUUCACAAUUAGACACAAAGAUAAGUGGUAUAGAAAUACAGUCUCGUGGAAAACAAGAUUUUUCAUUAUUACAUGCAAAGAAUCUGAAAGGAAAAGACUUAAAAUCACCAUCUAAGGGCAAUGGGGGCCAAGUGACCUGCCCAGGAUCACACAGCCAGCAAAUGAAACGAGAAUUUUUGUAUCCCAAAUUUAAAAAAGAUGUCAUUUUGGAAGAUUACUCAUCUGUUGAUUUUGUGUUUAUACCUCCCGUUGAGAAAGAAACAAAGGAAAGAAUUCUAACUGAACAUCAGAAAGAAGUACUUAGAACAAAGAGAAAUGAUAUUCCUACUCUGUAUAAUAAUCUGGAUGUAUCACAAGAUAGUUUUUCUUACCAUUCUCAAGAAGAAACUAUGGAAAAUCCAACUUUAACUGAAGAACCAAAGGAAGAAUCAGAUUUUAUCACAAAGGAAGGAGAAAGAAAAACUGAUUCAAAGAACAACACUGAAGACAUCACAGUAGAUAGUGGUAUUCAGAAGCAUCCUGACAAAUCCUAUAUCACAAAACAUAAGGUGCAAAGUUCCCAGGAAAAGAACAAUUUAUUAUUGAAUAUUAGAAAGCACUUUGAAAGAAAUGCUUCUAAAAUUGUUUCAAAGGAGGCUUCAGGAGAAAACACAUGCAUCAGCGAACAGACCUUGAAUACCAGUAGUAGGUCAGUUUCUAGUGGACCCAUAAGCCGAAGACAGUCCUUUAUUACUUUGGAAAAAUUUGAUACAUCAGAAAAUAGACCCUUUAGUCCUCCUUUCUUGAAUACUGUAUCGGGUGCUGUUUCAGUGUCAGAGAAUGUAGCAAGUACCUCAGUGAAAACUAAGGCCAAAGAAAUAAAUCUUUCAAAACGUGAUAGAGAAAAAAUCAUUAGUGGGACAAAAAAACCAGCUCGAAAGCGAAAUAAAACAGAACACACAGGAAGUAAAAGACCUAAGCUGUUAAGAUCAGAACAAGAAAAAAAUUCUCAAGAAUCUGGUGGUUCUAUAAUGCCUAUAGAAAAUAAGUUGGCUGAUUCACUGGAUCAUACAGAGGAUACUCAGGACACUCUUUCUCAGGCUAAAGUAUUGGAAUGUUAUGAAGUAAAGUUUAAACAUCCAAUAGUUAAACAUCCAGUAGAAGGUCUUGAAAUGGUAGAAAACAUUACAGAAGGAAAUAAUUUGGAAUCCAAAGAAAAUACACCUCCAGAAGAAGUAAUACCUGCAACAGACCAAAUAUCUAAUGAUGAUGGUCAUAUACAGGUAUCAUCUAAUCAAAAAACACUUAGGUCUUCAAGAUGGCACUCCGAUGUGGAAUAUACUGAAGAAAGACAAGAUAAAGAAAACAGUCAACUAAAAAAGGAAAGGCAAAAGGAAGAGAGAUCUGUCCAGAAGAAGCUAUCACAAAUAAAAGAUGAUGUAUCACAAAAGCAGAAGCCAAUUUAUGAAAAAAAUACAAAUGAACAAGAACAUUUAAAUAAAAAAGCAAGUAAUUUACUUGAGAAGACUUCAGAACAAUCUAACGUUGAAAUUAAAUUAAAAUCAAAAUUUGAGAGUAUUAAUUCAAAUGUUGAUGAUUUUCAGGACUGUGGUUCAGAUAAGUCCUCACAAAACCCAUUAAGAGGACGAACAAGGAGAGCAUCCCAAGGUUUACUUUCUAGUAUUGAAAACUCUGAAUCUGAUAGUUCUGAGACUAAGGAAGAAAUUUCUAACAAAAAAAGACCUGGAAAAUGGAAAAGUGAGAGUAGUAGUCUUGAAAAUGAAAACACUAAGGGAAAAAUAGAAAGUAAGGACAAUGUAGGCUCUGAAAUUAAAACUGAAGGUGAAACACAUUCUGAAUUGGAUAUGGAGAUAAGAUUGUCAUCUCAAACUUUUGAUAUGGACAAUGAGCAGGACUCUUCAAUUAUUAAUGAUUCUGUAGGAUCUAUAGAUCCAUCAGAAGUUCUUAAUGAUAUAGAGAACACAAAUGAGGAGAAGAGUAAAAUGAGCACACUUGCAGAAGAUUCUGUUACAAACUCUUGUGGGCCAGAGUUAAUUUUAAGGACUAGAAAUGUAAAUAAAAAGUUCUAUAAACAAGAUUCCAUAGACAGUAGUGCUAUUUCUCCAGGAAGAGAUGUAUCAGGUAUAUCAGAUAACUCUUUGCUUUCUGAAAAAUCCCUCCAGGCAAUUGAAUGUCUUCACAAAAGAAGUAAGAGGGUAAGAAGAUUAAAGAGCUGCUAUUGUUGUGGAGAAAAGUCAAAACUACAGGAAAAAUUCCUUAUUUCAUUAAAGAACACAGAUAAUCGUGAAGUAAAAAUUAAUGAACCACAAAAGCUAGGUUUGCAGGCCACUGACCAUUCUUUGGAAACUUGUGUGGAAACAAACUUAGAAGUAAAAUCUUUAAAGGAAUCUUGUACUGCUAUUGUACCAUUACUUCACAGUAAUGAGACUGACAUGUUGAAUGAUUCAGUGACUGUACCAGAAAAUGAAUUGAAGGAAAAUUCUAACAUUGAUGAUUAUCCUCCCCUAGAAAGGGUAGUAAACUUUGAAAACAAAACUUGUGUCAUUAAUAAUGAAACAGAUCUUGAUGUGCAAGAACUUUCUGGUCAGGUUAAUAUAAUUAUUGAUUCUGGUCUACCAAUGGAUGGUUCUCAAGAUUCUUUUGAACAGAAACCUGUUUUAGAGAUAAGCAGAGAACAACUGGUAACUUUAUUAAAAGAGGAAAUAAAUCAGCAUGUAGAUACAGAGGUCCCUGAGGUGAAGGUGGAGGUUGACAUAUCUGAGGAAAGUGCCAUGGUAGAUGGAGAAACAACUGAGCCUAAGGCUGAAGUAGAUAAUACCCAGCCCAAAACAUUUACUGAUACCAAGGCUGGGGUGGUUAAUUCUCUGGCCAAAGCAGUUGAGGCAAGUGCUGAAACUGAUGUGUUAGAGUCACGUGAGGAAAUGAAUACUGUAGAACUGAAAGCAGAAUCUGGCACACCAGAAAAGGUAAAAGCUGACAUUGAUGACACUGAAGAAACAAAGUUAGAUCAAGAUCAGGUUGAGGCAGAAGAAAUCAAUGAGAAAAUUUUAGAGAAAACUCAGGAUACCUCAGAGAAAGUGGAAGAACCAUCAGAGAUAUUUGUAAAUGUUUCUGAGCUGAUAACAGAAGAAAGUCAUGUUUUUCCUCAGAAGUUAAGGGGAAUUGACACCCAGUCUGAAAAUAAUAGUGCAAGUAGAGUGCAGACAAGCUGCAUAUGGUCUCCUUUGGCUUCUCCUUCUACCAGCAUUUUGAAGAAAAGAGUAAAAAGACAACAAGAAGAUGAGGCCCCAUCACCUCAUAAUAAGGUUCGACGAGUUUCAUUUGCGGAUCCAAUUCAUCAGGAAAGACUGGCAGACGAUAUUGAUAGGACAAGCACAGUUUUUAGAUCACGUUCUUCUCGUUCUUCAAAUAAUUCUUCAACAGCUAAAAGUCAUAAAAGAUCCCCUACUGCAAAGUCCAGGAUGAAGUCUCGAAGACUAGAAACCCUCGUUGAGGUUUCAGAGAAACCAUUAAAUGGAAUGGGAAAUAAACCUAUUUCUCCUGAUGAAGAAACAUUUGCUUCAGAUUUAAUUGAGCCAGUUGCUUCAGAUGGUCGGCAGGCCAGAAAUCUUGUGGCUCAGAUCAGUGCUCUUGCUCUUCAGCUAAAUUCAGAAGAUCUGCAUGAUUAUUCAGGAAGCCAACUUUUUGAAAUGCAAGAGAAACUGGGUAGCAUGACUUACUGCAUAAUGAAAACUCUACACUCUCGAUGGAGGUCACCACCCCAUGAAAGUUCUACUUAGACUUUCUUUAGGAUAACAGAAGUUCCUUAACAUCACGGAUUUUGUUAACUGAGGGUAGCCGCUCUGAAACAUUCCAUAAACAAAAUUUUAGAAUUUAGAGACUGAGUAUUUGCAGAGUAGACCUUUUUAACCAUGAGAAAUGGUUGGGGGAAUCUCUGACACAGUGGAUAAAGCACCAGCCCUGAAUUCAGGAGGACCUAACUUUAAGUUCAACCUCAGAAAUUUGACACUUACUAGCUGUGUGACCCUGGGCAAAUCAUUUAACCCUUGUGCCCCACCCCCCCCCCAAAAAAAACAAACAAAAAAUGAAUUCAAUUUUUUUUUUAAUUUGCGGAGAUCACUUUUUUCCCUGCAGAGUUCAUUUACUGCUAUGCAUCAUUUUUCAAGUAUUUCAAGUGAGAUUUUUACUAAAACAUGAGGAAAGACUGAAAUCAAAUGUUCCUACACUGAAACAUUUUUAUUCCUUCAAAACUUUAUGUAAAAUGGUAUUUUAAGUAAGUGAAAUUGAAAGUGUUUUAUUUGAAAACCAGAUUAUUUGCAGAGCUAUUACUGGUGUUUGAUACUCCAUUUCCUUCUUGGAUUUGUUUUACCUGAGACCUAAGGAAGUCAUUUUUGGUGAGGCAUCUCAAAUGAGAUGCAGCAGAAUCAAGGGAUUUUUUGGUUGGUGUAUUUUUUUGUUUUCUUCAUAGUGAAGUUAACAUGCUUUUGCAUCAUUCUAUACAUCUCAUUCUAUGCAUCUAUUUUAUUUUAAAUCCCAUGAAAGGUGAAAUGCUAAAAAUAAUAGUAACUGUCAUUUUGGCAUCGUCAUGUUAAACAGAUUUCCUGGGCUCUUUUCAUUUGUUUGGCAAAUGAAAGUGCAGCAGUAUUUUCCCAUGGGAAUUUGUUUCUGUGGGACAUAUACAAUACAGUUAAGGGCAUAACUGUUCAUGUAUUAUGUAUAGAUUAUUGAUGUUGGUUUUUAAUUUAUAAGUUUCAGCUGAUUAAUUCCAUGGAUUGCCCUUCCCAUAAAGACCUUUUGGGUAAGAGUCCUUGGUUUUACAUUAUAGAAAUCCACUUUGUAUAUAUUAUGUACUAUAUUACCAGUAUGAAGGGUCUUCAUGAGAUUGCUUCAUUUGUACAUAAAGAAUUCUACAAGGUCCUACAACAGUGAACUGUGUAAUUGGUUAAUAAAAUCUUAGUUGAAAAGAUGAGUAUGUUUUCCAAAAUAUACUGGAUCAUAAAAUUACUGAAAUGCUAAAUGAUUUUAGUUUUCAUUUACCUUUGUUUUAUAUAUAUGUAAAAGGAUUCAAAGGAAGACCACUUGAACGUUUGCUGGUUUUAUUGAUGCUUUCUGAAAGUACAUUCUUAGAUAGUUUUAGCUCAAUUUAACUAGUGAAAAACCCGGAGGCUUGAUUCUUUUCGGGGGGUGGGGGCACACUUGACUAUGUUUUCCUUCCAUGGCUACCUGAUUUGAGAAAAUUUGAACAAAAUUAAAUUUUGUCAAAUAAUAUCAUUAGUAAUGACUGGUGUUCCAUUCCAUACUUUACAUUUAGUUUCACUUGCAUGCUUUUUAAACAACAGAUGAGUUCAGCUAUUUUUUUUACUCUUAGGUACAAAAAGCACAACUUUCUUAAAUAGGUUGUGACAUGUUAGCUCAUUGGGUAGAACAUAGUGCUAAUGAUACCAAAGUCAUCAGUUCAAUUCUUCUCUGGACCUAUUAGGUUCCAUUGGCCACA